AUGAGCCCUCGCAUCUUCUCUUGCGUUCUUUGUGGAUACCUCGUCUGUAAUUAUGAAGACCCUAGUUCUGCAUCCUGGCUAAACCAGUUUCGUGUUCUCUACACCUAUCAAGACAAAAUUGCAGUGACGGGAGUUGGAAUCUACGAUGAUCCCGAUGGCGGCGACUGGAUUGCCCCCUUGGAUGUCAGUGGACGAUGGGAUGACGAGGGAUAUGACUUCCCAGAUAGUGACUGUAUCGGUGUGCUUCGCCAGCGCCCGGUUAACGGCAGAUUCGGUUUUCUGUUUCACGAGGCUUGCUGGUCACUUCUAGACACAGCCUAUUCUCCCAACGAAGUCCCGUGUAGGGCUCUCUUCGAAGUGUGUAAGUCGCUGCCAUUUCCAUCUGAAGGGACCGGCCUUAGCUGGGGUCAUACUUUUGGGGGCUUAGUCAUGGUAAAUAAUAAGGACUACUACCCCUGGGAAGACCGAUUCGUCGAUCGGGAUGGGGACUCGCUGCAGUGCAAGGCUGCUAGGCGUGACCCAUAUCAUGUUCCAGAGAUUCAACUGCUUCAUUCAGAGCGUCCAAAGACGCCAAAAUUUAUCAAGUGCUCUGCUGAACCAAGAACUGUACUACGGGAUUGUAUUACUGCGCUCCCUCAAGAGAUUUGCUUUCAGAUUGCUUCUUAUCUUCCAACAGCGGAUGCCCUAAGAGCACGCCAAGCUUCACGAUCGUUUGUGCCAAUCUUCUACAGCCAUCAAUUUUGGGCUUCCAGAUUUCGGGGCAAGAAUGCAGAGCGCGGUUGGCUAUUUGAGUCCCAUGAGUGGGAUAACACGUCAUCGGACUGGAGAUGGUUGUAUUAUCGCACAAACAAAGCUCACCGUAAAGGGGGUAUUCGAAACAGAGAAAGGGUCUGGAAACUGAUCCAGAAGGUCCAACAAGCAUUGGCCUCACGAAGCAGCGAACUUUCCGUGAUCGCUUUACCCACAUCGGAUCCAGGCACUCUGACGUGGUUAGAGGCGACUGGCAAUUUGCAUCCGGAGGCAGACGCACGGCCAUACCCUGGAUUUAACGAUGGUUGUCGUCGAUUCUACGAACAGCAGGCAACUAUUCCCAGCCAGCUUGGCCAAAUUGUAUUCAGUGUUGUCCAACUUGGAGACGCUGAAUAUAUCGCCGGAAUGAGACUUAUCCCCAAGCAAGGGGCAGCUGUCGAAUUGGGAUACAGAACAGAGGGUAGAGAGUCAGUCCUGGAUCUUGCAAUACUCAAAGGAUUCAACUUAGCUGUAGGGUCAAGAGGUAUACAAGGAGUGCAAUGUAUGUUUGAGGGCGGCCAGACAUCCCCGUGGAUUGGAUGUGCACAGGGGUCUCCAAAAACAAGGCGCCUCGCAAUUUCAGGGCCAAUAGCAGCUGUCAAAGCCGGGUUCGACGGACUCAAGAUGGUCAGUUUGGCUGUUGCAAAGUGUAUCCCGGUUGUUACCGAAAUCAAGACCACAGAGCCGUAUUCACUGCGAGACUGUGCCUUUUGGUACCCCGAAAUCCCAGGAAAUGAGUUGCAUCUGAACGACGAUUAUUUUACGGCAAGGCAUACAUCAACAACUAGGUACCAGCCGCUUUGUUGGACUAUGUUCGGGGGGGUUAAUGGUUCGUACCUACGUAACUUGACUGGGAUAUCUGUCACCAGUUUAGGCACACUGCGCAAUGUCCAGUUUCACUUUAACGCCGAGGAUAUCCCAGCUGCAAACAGGAGGUUAGGGAGGUUCAAAACUUUCGAGUACUCUAAAACCAUGCACUUUGACAUUGAUGGCCCUGGCGGAGAGUUCAUCAAUGCUAUUACGAUUUCGACGAAUCGUGGAAGAAGUUACCACUUCAGAGAAAAUGAAGCGGUUGUGGAGUCUCAACUGGUGGAAAACCCUAUAAAAAUUGCGACUGGAUCUACUAUUACCGGAUUCUAUUGGAGUCAGCAUGAUAUUGGUCUCACAGCGCUUGGGGUCAUUUCAGAGAUGGUUGAGAAGCCGAUAGCAAUGUGA